AUGCACGCCUCUGCCAGAGCUUCCACGUCCGCCUCGAGGCUGGGCCGCGCUGCCGUCUCAAAGGCGCGACCUCAUCCGCCCUUCUAUGCCGUACCGUUUGCGGGCAACCUCGCUGCGCAACAGAAGCGAAGCUACGCCGUGCCCGUCAACCCGGGCAGCUCGGUCGACGCCAUGCUCGGCACCUCGGUCCCACCGCCACCUCGCGAGGGCGCAGAGAUCCAGACCUCCAAGUACUACCGCCCGAACAACCCAAACGACCUCUCCGACCUACUCAACCCUUCCAAGUCGAACCCCUUCGGGGCCAAGAACGAUCGCGGCUCUGGUGGCCCCAAGCGCGACGGCGGCGCACGGUAUGCAGAGAUCCAACGCAUCAAGGGCACCGCCAUCGGGGCUGAGCGCAAGGGCACGCCGAUACCUUCGCGCGACGAGAUGCUCGACGAGAUGUUCAAGCGUCCCUUCCGGGAGCUCGAAGAGUCAAAGGACAUCGUCGACCGAGAGCAUCCGCAUCCCAUCGACGCCAUGAAGGGGAGAAACGAGCUCGACGAGCGCGUGCUGGCCGCCGCCAGAGCACUCCACGCCGCCGGCACUCUGUCAAAGACGCCGAGCGCUGCCACCGACAAGGAAUCGGCACCGGCUUCCAAACUCAAAGCAGCGUCCAUCUCGGAACUGCUCGACCUCUUCGAGGAGCGGGCGGGCGCGCAGCUCUCCAUCGAGCUCCCCUACGAGUCUACACCAUCCGACUCGCGCAAGGUCAAGCUCACAUCAGCGUCGAGCUCCGAGGAGGAGCUGCAGCAUGCGCAAGACGACGGUGUCCUCCUGCUUGCCUACAUCACGAACCUCCAUGGAGGCAGGGGCAAGGAACGCAUCAGCGUCUGCUCUGGGUUCGCAAUCGACGGCGGUGACCGAAUGGCCGACAACGAGGGCGAUGGCAAGGGACACCUCGUCGUCUCCUGCGCGCACACGCUGCGUGCGGCCGGAUUGAGUGCGCCCAAGUCCAAGUCGGGCAAGGCGGCCUCUGCCAGCGAUGACGCCAGCAUCGCGUUCGCCAUCACGAGGACGGGCGCCAUCUACCCGAUCCGCACCCUCAUCAGCAGUCUGGGCGCCUCGGACAUCGUCCUUCUUCAGCUCGGCGAGGAGCCGCUGACGCUGCACGAAGGCGCCCGACCCAGCAUCCGAACGCUGCCGAUCUCGCCCUACCCUGCCACGGUCAACACGGAGCUAUCAGUCUCGUCGUUCUGGGGGUGGGAGGACGACUCUGGCGCUGUACUGCCAGCCUACAGCUACGAUGAGCAGCAGCAGAAGCUUAGGGCUUCACGCUCGCCGCCACCGCCCGCUGGACGCGAGCCUGAGCAGGUCAAGCUCGAGAGGGAUGACGCCGGCCGAUCGCGCUGGGGCCGGGCUCGACUGGUCGAGUACAAGGACCCUUGCGGUGGUCAAGCUCUCGUGGGGACGUACGACGAGCUGGCGCAGCUCGACUACAAGCUGCUGAUCUCCUCGCCAGCCAACCCGCCCGCUCUGCAGGGCAACACGGCGAUGCAGAUGUCGUCGAGCGUCAGCGCGUCGUCGCAGCCUACGGUGGUGGCCACAUCGGCGACGUCGUCGGGACAGGCAAUGCCGCGUCGUCAACCGCUGCCCAACUUUCCGCCCCCCGGGUCGUCGGGUGGUCCCGUGGUCGACGUCGAGUCCGGCAGCGUCGUGGGCGUGGUGCGUGGCCACAAGAUGAGCCCGCUCGAGGGUCGGCGGGGCGACGCGAUCCCUGCUGAGAAGAUCUUUGAAUUCUUUGCGCUGCCCGGCCUUGGCAAGAAGAACUAG